CAUCUACAAAAAUCUAAUGAAAGAUUAUAAACCAAACGCAUUUGUUAAUCGUUUGCCUCUCCGAAAAAGAUUGGAGCAUUAAAUAGAAACAAUCCCUUCGAAAAUUUUCUAAUUGAAGCAAUCAAUUAACUUAAAUAAACAAAUAAAUGAUAUUUUUAUAUAAAAACUCCGAUAUGCAUAGUUAAUUUUUCAUUCAGAAAAAGUUGAACAGAAGUCGGCGAACAAAAAAAAAAUAGCCAAGUGGCAAAGAAAGAAACCUAAAGAAUUAUUCGAUCAAAUUAGAAUAUUCUCUUCGAGAUUAAAAGAAAAUGUCGGCAACAUCCAUAGAACUCAGCUCCUACCGGGAUCAGCACUUUAAGGGUUCCCGCAACGACCAAGAACGCUCACUCAAAGAUUCAACCACACUCUAUGUCGGGAACCUGUCAUUCUACACAACCGAGGAACAAAUCCACGAACUCUUUGGACGAUGUGGUGAUGUGCGCCGUAUCGUCAUGGGUCUGGACAAAUACAAGAAAACACCUUGCGGUUUCUGCUUCGUAGAGUACUAUACAAGAGUGGAAGCCGAAUACGCCAUGAGAUAUGUCAAUGGCACUCGACUAGAUGACCGACUAAUUCGUGUAGAUUGGGAUGCUGGCUUCAUCGAGGGGCGACAGUAUGGUCGAGGCAAGACAGGAGGUCAAGUUCGUGACGAAUACCGAACAGAUUACGACGCCGGACGAGGUGGCUACGGAAAGUUGUUACAACAAAAAAUCGCUCCAAAUACAGACAAUCGAUAAACUACCCGCUUCUAUACUUGUAAUCUAACUGUUUAAGAAUUUUGAAAAUAGGUUUAAAUAUAUAUUUUUACAAAUUACA